AUGAAACCGUAAUGCUUGGUAAAUGGAAAUACAUUGACAAAAAGGUGUAAAUUAGUGUGAAAUAAUUACAUGGAAACAGGGUGAUGUAGACGUUGUAAAUUUGUAAAAGUGACGUUUCUCAGUGACGAGAUCCCAUGUGGCGUUAAUUUGUAAUAUAAAGGUAAACGAUGGCUGACUAUGAUAGAAUCUUUGGCAAAGAGGGGGUUACGUGUUGGGACCUUAACCGCUACCGGUUUAUCAUGCGCAGCGGCUUGGAUAAAGGUGUUUUCAGUGCAUAAGGACAGAUUCUGGGUUGUCCUAUUGGGUCAAACUGUGCUUGCAUUUUCAUUUCUAUGCAUUUUGCAGUCACCGCCUGUAGUGGCAGCGGUAUGGUUUGGUGCAGAAGAAAUAUCUACUGCCUGCAGUAUUGGAGUGUUUGGCUCAUUGAUUGGUGUGGCUGUUGGAUACAUCUUACCGUCAGUAAUGGUAGUCAAGGAUAAUGACGAAGAUGCAAUUGCAAAAAACCUGUUCAUUUUAUCGCUAACGGUAGCUGCGUUAAACACGGCAAUUUUCAUUAUUGAAUUAAUAUUUUUUGGCGAUAAACCUCCAUCACCACCAUCUGGAAGCCAAUCCCGUAGAAUUGAAAUUCCAUUGGAAUGGAAAACUUUAGCGGCAUCGUACAUGAACUUACUCAAGAAUUCUACUUACCUAGGUCUAAUGACGUUAUUUGCCAUAGAUUAUGGGGUGCAAAAUUCCUAUUUCGUCUGCCUCAACCAAAUGCUUUUAUUGUACUAUCCGGACGCUUCGGUUGAAUCUGGACGUGUAGGAGCGCUUAUCAUUGUUUCUGGAAUCAUAAGUAUAGCAGCGAACGGCGUCCUACUCGAUAAGUUUCAUCAAUUCAAAUCACAUUUUCUAGUGCUACAGGUUCUAGGUGCGGUAGCAAUGGUAGGGUUCACACAUACGUUAGGACAACCAGUAUACAUAAUAUAUCUAUUAUCAGUAUUAUUAGGAAUUUUAUGGAUGCCUACGGUUCCAACCUGCAUUGAGGCGAUGGUAGAAUCAACUUAUCCAGAAUCUGAAGGAUUAGUUAUUGCAAAUGCAUACUUAGUUGGAAGUUUAUCGUCGACAAUUGGAAUCUUUGCAUUUUCAGCCCUAAUAGAAUAUCUGUCCGCGUUAUGGGCAAACUAUGUAAUGAUUUUUUUGUACCUCUUCGGGCUGCUGGUUUUGAUCUGUACGAAUUUUCGAAAGAGAAAUAUUUUGACGGAUGCCACCUUAUUCGCCGAAAUUAGUUGUCAGCGAACUGACAAGACAUUAUUGUCAAAUGGUAGGGAUAUGUCGGUUAUUGGUGCUGUUGGAACGUUGAUUGUUGCUUCAUUCUUCUCGAUUGGAGUAUUUUGUGUCCUUAUCGUCAUGUAUCCGCCAUUCAGUAUCAAAUUAGUAUCUAAUAGUGGCAUAGAAAAGAAGCAAGAGCCUCGAUCGUUAUGUGCGGUGUGCAAUAUGGUGCAACAAAGAAGACGAGAACUACUGCAAUGUCAUUGUUUAUAG